AUGCUUUCAUCGCCAGCGACUGCGCUCCUACGAACCUCACCACUGCCCGGCCAACACCGCCAUCUCGACCACCACAGUCGCUGAAGCGCCAGUCCAGCUCACGAAACACAAUCUCCACUCCCAUAUUUCGCCUCGAUCUCAUUCAGAAGGCCAAUUGGCCCCCGCGUCGGCUGUCCCUCCUCUUUCCUAACCUACCCGAAGCUUUUUUAAACCUCAUUCCACAAUGCUCUAUCGCAUGUCAGCUGCUCGCGCGGCCUUCCGUGCUGCUGCCAACCCCAAUGCUGCUGCCGUCCGCUCUGCAGUUUCUGGAAACGUCUUCAGGGCCCAAUUGACGUCUAUCGCUCGCCCAUCGCUGCGGACCCCAGCCUCGAAACUCGCUUUAGCUGUCCACAAGCCAGUCACAACCGCCCUCGUCCGCUACUCUUCCAACAAGGCUCAAGUCACCCAUGAGGAUGAAGAUGUUGACAUGAUGGCUGGUGUCAAGAAUGAUGUGAAAGUUAUUAAGGAGACCUUCACCCUCGACGAGGUCCCCAAGGAGGCCUUGUACUUUGGUCUGGCCGGUGUUAUUCCCUACUUGGCCACCUCGAUUAACACCUGCUAUCUCGCAUGGGAGAUCAACAACCAAGCACUCGGCGGCUCUGGAUUUUUGCUUUCUGCAGACACUGCAUCGCUGCUGUUGCAUCUUACCGAGCCUAUUCAGGUGGGCUACGGUGCUGUGAUCUUGUCUUUCUUGGGUGCUAUCCACUGGGGAUUGGAGUGGGCUGGAUACGGCGGCAAGCACGGUUUCCGCAGAUAUGCUACUGGCUGCAUUGCCCCCGCUGUGGCCUGGCCAACACUGUUGCUCCCUGUCGAGUAUGCUCUUAUCACUCAAUUCCUAGCUUUCACCUUUUUGUACUACAACGACGCUCGUGCUGCUAGCCGAGGCCUUGCUCCUCAUUGGUAUGGUAUGUACCGAUUCGUCCUGACCUUUAUUGUCGGUGCUAGCAUUGUCGCCACUCUGAUCGGCCGUGAGCGUAUCUCCCAGAGCGUGUCUGAGGAGCACACGAUCUCGGAGAAAAUCCAAGCCCUUCUUUUCCUCCGCAAGAAGGAGAUUGAGGAGGCCAAGCUCCGUGCUGAGGAGGAGAAGAACGCCUCGGCCGAGUAAAUAAUCAGAAUGAAGCCGGCAAGGAGUCAUUGCGCCCAUAACAAUGACAGGUUCUUUUAUUCCUCUCUAUCUGUUUGUGAAAGCAAUCGUUCCGUCCCACUCGUACCCUUAAUGUACCUAUCCGAUUGCUGUCGAUCGAGCUAGUUCA